AUUCCAAUCACAUCCUUUUUGUCUUUUCUAGAGUCGUCGCGUCACCAUAUUCACAAUUGUCAUUUGUCUGAUUUUGCUUCUCUCUGUAUUUCGCAGAGAAAAAUCUCUGUUUCUUCUACUUCUAUUAAAAAAAUGCUCGAUGGAUUUGAUUCACGUCGUUCUGGAUGAACCCAUUCCUGAUAAUUUGAUAUUUUACCCUGUUGCAACAAUUUGCUGAUCAUCUUCCAUUUUUCAAACCCUCGUAAGAUUUCUUUCUUCAGUUUUUUUUUUCUCCUCCAUUGUUUCGUCUUUUUGGCCUGCUUUCUUUACGCGUGUGCGUUAUUUUUUGAGUUUCACUGGGUUGUGCAGUAUUAUAUAGCAUUGUGUUUCGAUUUUCCGUUCUACGAUGAUUUGUUUUGGUUAAUGUGGGAAAAAGGGCAAAUCCUUAUCAAAUUUGAUUUAUUUGAUGUGUCUCUCUUUGUUUAUCUAUGCUUUUGGAGAAGUAAGUAAUGUUUUAAUCAUCUAAAUUUGCAACUGUUAGGAGGUGCUUCUUGUUGCUUAAUGCUUAUGCAGUUAUUCCCUUAUAAGAAAGGGAAUUUUGGCUUGAUUUAUUUGGAUUUGAAAUUUAGAAGACAUGAGUUUUGAUGUAUACGCUAUUGUUUUUCUGUUUUUGGCCUUCAAUUGGUUUGGAAUUAUGCCUCUAGUAAUCCUCAAUUAUGAGUAUUAGUUGUGGCUGAUUAGAUAGUUCAGAGGCUGCAUUGCGAUGCCGGGAUUAUUGAUUUUCAGUUUUCUGAGAUCUCCAACUUCAUGUUUAGUUAUAAGAUUUUUAUGAAGAAUUAUAGAUGUAGGGGGAGUAAAAAGAAGAAACCAAAUGACAGUAGACAAUUCUUUCUUUGAUAUAGUCUUUGUUCGGUGUUCUGUCCUUGACGACUUGCUGUGACUGAUACUUUAGCUCUCUGCAAGUCGGUCCCCUGUGAAUUAUGAACGAAAUAUAUUGCAGGAGAAUCAUGGCAACAAAAGGGAAUCCAGGAGACCUUAGAAGUAGAAGUUCGACAUCGAUGUUCAUUGUAGCUGGCCUGUGCUGUAUCUUUUAUCUUUUAGGAGCUUGGCAAAGGAGUGGUUCUGGAAAGGGAGACAAUAUAGCAUAUAAAAUUACACAAAAAUCUGAAGACUGCAGUCUUAUUUCCAAUUUGGAAUUCGAAACACAUCAUGGCAAUAAAGCUGUUAAUGAAUCAUCCUUUGUGGUCAAGGAGUUCAAGCCAUGUGAUGGACAAUAUACAGAUUAUACGCCCUGUCAUGAUCAAGCCCGGGCAAUGACAUUUCCUCGUGAGAACAUGAACUACAGGGAGAGGCAUUGUCCACCUCAGGAAGAGAAAAUCCGUUGCCUGAUACCUGCCCCAAAAGGAUACUUAACUCCCUUUAGAUGGCCCAAGAGUCGUGAUUAUGUACCAUAUGCUAAUGCACCACAUAAGAGCUUGACUGUGGAGAAAGCAGUUCAGAAUUGGGUUCAAUAUGAAGGAAAUGUAUUUAGGUUUCCUGGUGGUGGAACACAAUUUCCCCACGGUGCCGAUGCAUAUAUUGAACAACUUGCAUCUGUAAUUCCAAUAGAUGAUGGGACAGUCAGAACUGCAUUGGACACAGGAUGUGGGGUUGCAAGUUGGGGUGCAUAUUUGUUCAAGAAGAAUGUUAUAGCCAUGUCGUUUGCACCUAGAGAUUCACAUGAAGCACAAGUGCAGUUUGCUUUGGAAAGAGGUGUACCAGCAGUUAUUGGUGUUCUCGGAACUAUUAAGCUCCCAUAUCCUUCAAGGGCAUUUGACAUGGCGCACUGUUCCCGUUGCUUGAUUCAGUGGGGUGCGAAUGACGGUAAAUAUAUGAUGGAAGUUGAUAGAGUGCUUAGACCAGGAGGAUACUGGAUACUUUCUGGUCCUCCUAUCAACUGGAGAAACAGUUAUCAAGCUUGGCAGCGAUCGAAAGAGGAUCUUGACGAGGAGCAGAAGAAGAUUGAAGAGAUCGCUGAACUUCUUUGUUGGGAAAAGAAAUAUGAAAAGGGUGAAACUGCAAUAUGGAGGAAAAGAAUAAAUAACGAGUACUGCAGUGAUCGUGACUCUCGUGUAACAAUGUGCAAAAUAACUGAAGUUGAUGAUGUCUGGUACAAGAAGAUGGAGACUUGUGUGACCCCUUAUCCUGAGACUAUCACUUCUGAAGAAGUGUCUGGUGGGGAACUAAAACCUUUUCCUGGAAGGCUCAACUCUGUUCCUCCUAGAAUAAGUAGUGGAUCUAUUCCUGGAGUCUCAGUUGAUUCAUUUCAUGAAGACAAUAAAUUGUGGAAGAAGCAUGUGAAUGCUUACAAAAAGAUAAAUAAACUCCUUGACUCUGGGCGGUAUCGAAAUGUAAUGGAUAUGAAUGCUGGCAUGGGUAGUUUUGCUGCAGCACUUGAGUCGUCCAAACUCUGGGUCAUGAAUGUUAUGCCAACCAUUGCUGAUAAAGAUACUCUUGGAGUAAUUUUUGAGAGAGGCUUGAUUGGCAUAUACCAUGAUUGGUGUGAAGCGUUCUCUACAUAUCCUAGGACCUAUGACCUCAUUCAUGCUGAAGGAGUUUUCAGCUUGUACAAAGACAAAUGUAGUGCAGAAGACAUUCUUCUGGAUAUGGAUAGAAUUCUACGACCCGAAGGGGCUGUGAUAUUCAGAGACCACGCCGAAGUGCUGUCUAAUGUCAAGACUACUGUUGCAGGUAUGAGAUGGAACAUGAAAAUGUAUGAUCAUGAGGAUGGUCCUCUUGUCCCGGAAAAGAUAUUGGUCGCCGUCAAACGGUAUUGGGUUGUCGGAGAAACAAACUCAACCUAUUCAUAGUACAAUAUGCAGAACGAGCUCCAAAACAUUUGUUUGGUAGAGGCACAAAGUUACAGAGAUUUAAUUUGAGAAGUAGGAAAUUAAUAUAGAAGUUUCUUGAUAGUUUUGAUUAUUUCUUAACCUUUAAAUUAUAGUCCAUUAGCAGUAGAAUUCAAAGGUUCAACUUCUUUUUGGUCUAAUUAAGUACAAGGCACAAUUAUAGUUGGUCUUAUUUUUUCAUUCUUUUUGUGGCCUUUAGGCUUUAGAGUGUUGGUUUCCAUUUUAAGUCUCUUUUGUCCAAUACUUCUUCUUUCUUCCGCACUAGUUGUAAGAUACAAAUUAAAAUUAAAUUUACUUUAAAAUUGUGCCUUGUACACAAGAUUGAAGAUAAAAGUAUCUUCCAUGUAACCCUAUGACAUUUAUUUUCAAGGUUUGUGAACUGUACCUAUAAUCGUU